CCGGGACAGUUGGCUCGGCGGCGGCGGAGCGGCAGGAGCGGCGGCGCGAGCGGGGCUGCGCGGCGGGGCGCGCGGAGCGGCGGCGGCCGAGCCGGAGCAACAUGGCGCCGGUGGGCGGGGGCGGGCUCCCGGGCAGUGGACCUGCCCGAGGGCGCCUCCUCCUGGCGGCGCUGGUGCUGCUGGUGCUGCUGUGGGCGCCGGGGGUCCGCGGCCGGGGCGACCCCCAGCGGAGCGCGAUCCUGGGCAUGAGGCUGGCGAGCUGCAACAAAUCGUGUGGGAUAAACACGGAUGGCAUCAUCUACGUGUCCGAGGGCAGCACGGUGAACCUGAGGCUGUACGGCCAGGGGCUGGACUCCUUCUCCAGCAACCUGAUCUCCUUCACUGAGGUGGACAACGCCGAGACCUUCCACAACUCCACUGACUGCCCCGAGCUCACCAAGGACCUGGUCGUCCAGAAGCUGGUCAACGUGAGCCGCGGGGACACGUCGGGGAUGCUGGUGGUGCUCACUAAGUUCCUCCGGAGGAGUGAGAACAUGAAACUCUAUGCGCUGUGCACCCGGGCGGGCGUGGACGGGCCCUGGCAGAGGUGGACGGACAAGGAUUCGCUGCUCCUCAUGAUGGAGGAGGCUGGGAGGCUCCUGCCCCUCUGGCUGCACGUCCUCAUCAUUAUGGUGCUGCUGGUGCUGUCAGGCAUAUUUUCUGGCCUCAAUCUGGGGCUGAUGGCCCUGGACCCCAUGGAGCUGCGCAUCGUGCAGAACUGUGGCACUCAGAAGGAGCGGCGCUAUGCCCGCAAGAUCGAGCCCAUCCGUCGCAAGGGCAACUACUUGCUCUGCUCCCUGCUGCUGGGGAACGUGCUGGUCAACACCUCCCUCACCAUCCUUCUAGACAACCUCAUCGGGUCCGGCCUGGUGGCCGUGGCCUCCUCCACCAUUGGCAUUGUCAUCUUCGGGGAGAUCGUGCCUCAGGCCCUGUGCUCCCGGCACGGGCUGGCCGUGGGUGCCAACACGAUCAUCCUCACCAAAUUCUUUAUGCUGAUCACCUUCCCCCUCAGUUACCCCAUCAGCAAGCUCCUGGACUUCUUCCUGGGUCAGGAGAUCCGCACCGUUUACAAUCGGGAGAAGCUGAUGGAGAUGUUGAAGGUGACCGAGCCCUACAAUGACCUCGUGAAAGAGGAGCUGAACAUGAUCCAGGGGGCCCUGGAACUGCGGACCAAGACGGUGGAGGAUAUCAUGACCCAGCUGCAGGACUGCUUCAUGAUCCGCAGCGAUGCCAUCCUGGACUUUAACACCAUGUCAGAGAUUAUGGAGAGCGGCUACACCCGCAUCCCCGUGUUUGAAGACGAGCAGUCCAACAUCGUCGAUAUCCUCUACGUCAAGGACUUGGCCUUCGUGGAUCCCGAUGACUGCACCCCGCUCAAGACCAUCACCCGCUUCUACAACCACCCAGUGCACUUCGUCUUCCACGACACCAAGCUGGAUGCCAUGCUGGAGGAGUUCAAGAAGGGGAAGUCCCACCUGGCCAUCGUGCAGAAGGUGAACAACGAGGGCGAAGGUGACCCCUUCUACGAGGUGCUGGGCCUGGUCACCCUGGAGGACGUCAUCGAGGAGAUCAUCAAGUCCGAGAUCCUGGACGAGUCUGAUAUGUACACUGACAACCGAAGCCGGAAACGGGUCUCUGAGAAGAACAAGCGCGACUUCUCAGCCUUCAAAGAUGCUGACAAUGAACUCAAGGUGAAAAUUUCACCUCAGCUACUUCUGGCUGCUCAUCGCUUCCUGUCCACAGAGGUCCCCCAGUUCAGCCCCUCUCUGGUAUCAGAGAAGAUCCUGCUGCGGCUGCUCAAGUACCCAGACGUCAUCCAGGAGCUCAAGUUCGACGAGCACAACAAGUACUACAUCCGUCAUUACCUGUACACUCGCAACAAGCCGGCGGACUACUUCAUCCUCAUCUUGCAGGGGAAGGUGGAGGUAGAGGCCGGGAAGGAGAACAUGAAGUUUGAGACGGGUGCCUUCUCCUACUAUGGGACCAUGGCCCUGUCCUCAGCCCCUUCUGUACCUUCCACCCUGGUUGGGUGUCCGCCUGGCAAGCGGAACUCCCUGCUCUCCUGGCUCUCAGACCGCUCUCCAUCGCACCCCACGGCCCUCAGCCGCUCGGCCUCCCUCAGCUACCCAGACCGCUCAGAGACGGCGAGCACCGUGCCCUUGGCAGGCAGCAGCAACCAGUUUGGCAGCUCGAUCCUGGGCCAGUACAUCUCUGACUUCAGCGUGCGGGCACUCAUGGACCUCCAGUACAUUAAGAUCACCCGGCAACAGUACCAGAACGGGCUACUGGCCUCACGCAUGGAGAACUGCCCCCAGUUCCCCCUGGACGGGUGUACCAUCUGCACCGAGAACUCAGCUGACAAGGCCGAGGCGCUGCCGGUGGAUGAGACCACGAACCUGCUGAAUGAGCGCAACUCCUUGCUGCACAGAACGUCUCACGAGAGCGCCAUCUGACAGGAGGGCCCGGGGUCCCCCGCCAGCCCCGCGGGGGCCUCCCCAGUGGGCCCACAAGAAGACAGGGAGCCUGUUAGGCCGGAAGGGGUACAGUUACCCUGUCUGACUGAGCAGCCAGAGGGUCCCCUGCCUGAGGGGGACCUGGUCUCAGACAGGGACCUCUGAACAGCUUGGAGGUGGCAGCUGCACGGCCCUGGACUGUCGGGCAGCAUACCGGCCACCAGGGGCGCGUCUGGAUUCAGCUCAUCGCACCUCUUUUUAAAUAUCAUAGGGGGAAGGGAAGACAGGGUUAAGGAACUUUAUUUAAAAGCAAUUUUUUUUUCCACAAAAACUUUAAAAGGGGUAGGGUUUCUCACCCCGGGAAGCAAUAGCCAUAAUGUGCUCCCAGUUGUGGCCUCCUGGCUGCACCCCUGACUCAGGGAGCCACUUCUCCCUGCUCCUCUUCCACGCCCUCCAGAGAUGGCACCGCCGUGGCCUCCUGGAGGAAGAUUUCUUCUUAGGAGAGAAGACAGUUUCCCAGGAAGCAAAGAACCAAAUAGCGCUGAGAACAACUGCCUGGACGCACGCUGAGGCUCACCUGUCGUCACCGAGGCCAAGGGAUUUUUCUGGGAACCGUGGUCAGGGAGGUGAUACUCCAACUGUGGAGAGGAGCACGCCUCCUCCUGUUAAUCGCUGGACCCAGGAACCUCCUAGAACUCUGCUGAUGGGGUCUCCUGGUGAGUUGGGCUGGGCCGUGGACUCUCAGCCCUGUCCCCGCGAUCUGCCUCACAUCCACCCCUUUGGACAGCUCUCCCCUUGUCGUGGGGCUGACUCCAAGUGUUAGGGCAGGGUCUCACACCUUUAAGACUGCUAAUCAGACUGCUUCCCAGGCCCUGCCCUCAGUUUCACCAAAGGUUUUCCCCAGGUGGGGAGAGUGUCUGUGUUAGAGGGGCUUACCUGUGAUGCUCUUUUCGGGGCCAGGAGGGAACUUGGUCAUGAGCAUCUACAUUGUUAGCAAUCAGUUUAUCCGCCUCCCAUCCCAUAGCCAAAGUCAAGUCUCGUUACUGACCUACGAAGCCCUUCUUUCCAGACUCCCUGCUUCUAAUUCCAAACCCCAGUGUCUCUUGGGGAUUGAGGUCAGGAGGAUGUGUAGGAAGCCAACCCAAGUGGGUUCUUCAUGGCCUUUCCUCUGUGGCCGAGGCUCACCUGACCUUGUUCACGUACUUACAGAACCCGGGAAAGGAGGUUUCCACCUAGAAGGCACCCAGCCAGCAGCCCUGUCCUACACAUGAGUGAGAUCCUAGUGUGAGCUGUCAUCCCAGUCUUUGCUGAAGCCCGUGGUACUGGACCCUGAGUGCCCCAGCCCCAUCUGCAGUCCUGCACCAUCUCCCUGAGCAGCAGGCUUCCCACUGACGGGGAGGCUGUGGGACCAAAGUCCACUUUGACCUUUUGGUUGGGUGGAACACUUGCUGGGGGGCCUGGAACAGACGAGGGAGCCUCAACAGGCCUUCCCGCAUAUUAUUUAUUCACUUCUUUCCUCAACCCGUGAGACCUGGAACCCCAAGUGCGCUGUUGGCAAUGACCAGAAAAUGCCUCACACCAAGUAUACUGGUCAGCUUAACAGGCCUUCCCAGUGACAGAAGUGAUUCCUACAAGUCUGGAGAGAAGGUGGUGACACCCAUGGGUUCUCAGCCAUAAGGAAGACACCAGACCUUCGUGCCCUGUCCAGGGAAACCCCUUAGUUUUCUCCAGGAGCAGCUUGCUCUUCGCGUCCACAUGGGGGCUUGCAGUGCGGUUUUCCUGGGGCCUGAGUGCUGCCUGAGCCCACCCACUGCCCGAACCUAGUGUUUGUGUGUGAAGUCCAUGGAGCAGGUACACACACUUCCACGGCUACCUCUGUGCACACACAGAUGCUCUCAAGAGAUGGUCCCUCCUCCCCACCUCUCCCUGUCCCCAUUUAUAAUCACUCUUAGCAGAGGGUCAUGGUUAUUUCCAAAUAUUACUGGUCCGAUGACUUCCUCUUCCCAGUGCAAUUUCUCAUUUCCUAUUCCAGCCUCUGGUUCCUGGGCUGAGCUGUACCCUGGACCUGGCCCAGCCUUGCGUGUCUUCCCAUGGAAGGGGGACUUCCGCAAACAGCAGGCCUCCAUAUGGGUAGGCGAGUCACAGCCACCGUAGCAAAUAACUCGUAUUUAUUUUGCAUAAGAUUUUAAUUUGUAUAUUUUUGUGAUUUAUUUUGGCAUUGUUAUGAGUUUUGACUCUCGGGGAGUUUUGUUGUUAUGACUCUUGUGUCUUUUGUCACAAAACAAUGAUAAUAUUUGCUAAACGAUAUAUGGAAUUUAUUUUUGAUUGGUAAUAAAAAAAUGAAAUAUGGAUAAA